AUGAACAACACUGACAAAUGCCAGGAGCUCAGGCCAGGCGAAAGCCCGGUGAUCAGCUCGGUGAUGUUCUCUGCGGGGGUGCUGGGGAACCUCAUCGCGCUCGCGCUGCUGGCGCGCCGCUGGCGGGGAGACUCCCGGCACAACGAGGGACGCUGGAACCCCAUUUCCUUGUUCCUCGUGCUGGUGACAGAGCUGGUGUUCACCGAUCUGCUUGGCACCUGCUUGAUCAGCCCAGUGGUGCUGGUUUCAUACGCGCAGAACCAGACCCUAAGGGUGCUGGGUGCUUGCGACUAUUUUGCCUUCACCAUGACCUUCUUCAGCCUGGCCACAAUGUUUAUGCUUUUUGCCAUGGCCUUGGAACGCUACUUAUCCAUCGGGCACCCCUACUUUUACCAGCGCCACAUCACACGCCGGGCGGGCCUGAUGGUGCUGCCCUCCAUCUACGUGGUUUCGCUGCUCUUUUGCUCCCCGCCGCUGCUGGGCUUCGGAGCAUAUGUCCAGUACUGCCCAGGAACGUGGUGCUUCAUCCAGUCUGAGACCAGGGGGUACCUGAAGAUUUAUGCCUCCCUGCUGCUGAUCCUCAUCGUUGCGAUAGUUCUCUGCAACCUCAGUGUCAUUCUCAACCUCAUCCGUAUGCACCGAAGGAGCAGAAGGACCCGCUGCGGACCCUCCCUGAGCAGUGGUCGCGGUGGCCCUGGGAUCCGCAGAAGAGGGGAAAAGGUGUCCAUGGCAGAGGAGACUGACCAUCUCAUUCUCCUGGCUGUUAUGACCAUCACCUUCGCAGUCUGCUCCUUGCCUAUCACAAUAUUUGCAUAUAUGAGUCCAUCUUCCCAUGAAAUAAGCAAGUGGGACCUUCCAGCUCUUAGAUUUUUAUCAAUUAACUCAAUAAUUGACCCUUGGGUCUUUGCCAUCCUCAGGCCUUCUGUGCUGAGACUGAUCCGUUCUGUCCUCUGUUGUCGGAUUUCAUUAAGAACCCAAAAUACAACCCAAGCUUCCUCUUCUGCACAAUCAAAUGCCAGAAAAUAACUGACCUCUGUGGACAGUAGUUAAGAAGUGCUUAGUAAGCAGGCAUCUGGAAGAGCUUUCUGAAAUGGUUCCUUGAAUAAAUGGAAAAAGCUAAUUUAUAAACAAAAUGAAGCUACUCUAAUAAAACAGAGUCAACAAGCAAAUGUUUGCACAGUGGAUUGGGCUACAGACUGACAAGGCAUUUCUUUGGAAGGUAUCAGAAGGAUCUAGAAAACCUGCCUUCACUGAGUGGAGUACAUGGCCUGUAGAGGACUAACCAACUAACUGCUUUUAAAAUCCAGUUGCCUUUUGAUUAAGCUUUCCUGUUGAAUGAGAAAGCAUGUGGUUUGUUAUUUGUUUAAAGCCCUAGAUAGUUACUAUGUUUCUAUGGUAUUAGUAUUAUAAACAUGUAGUGUACAGUCAGACCAGAUAAAACUUCUAUGUGUUCCUUAGGAAGUCCAUAUGUGGGUCUGGCAAGCCUGGUGUCUUGUGAUUGCUUAAUAAACCUGUUAUUUGGACCAGGAGGUUGAGAAUCUUAGGCACUUUGUACUGUUUUGUUUAUAUAUAUGUGGGAGUACUCUCUCGUCACCAGAGGGUUACUCUUAGAAGAGUGAACACAGUCUGUUAACGUCAGCUAGUCCCCAGAAGCUAUGCAUCAAAGCAGGAAGCCACUUACUUUACAAUAACCAACCACUGGGCUAGUAGUAACCAAGAAGACUUGAGGAGUUUUCCUCUCAACAAGAAAAUAAUAGAAAGGUUAUUAAUUCUAACUAGUAUUCUUUAUUCUAUUUCCAAGGGAACAUAUGUGUGAUAUAUCCCAAGUCAAAUAUUAAGAUUAAAAUAUGAAAUACCUGAUCAGUUUCUCAAAUACACUGAAACUCUUUAUGCUGAUGUUGUGAUCAUGACUAACAUACUUUGUAAGAAAGAUGACUGUGUUGUAACAAAAUUCCUCCGUCUAUAUUUUUAUCUGGGAAAUAUGGUUUGACUCAUAUUAUAUAAGAAGUCAUGUAACAUGAGUCAUAUCUUAAUAUAUUUCUAGACUUAAAUAUUUGGCAUGGUCUAAACAAAGUGUCACAAUAUUUAGUGAAUUUACACUGUUUAAUCAUAACUUAGCCAAUUGUGAACUUAUCUAAAAUGUUAUGAACUAUAACAUUUUGAAAGUAGAAUUUGAAUUCCUCCCAAUAACAUUUUAUAAUGAGUGUAGAUA